AUGACGUCAUUUUUGGUGGUGGAGAUUCUGCUUGGGAUCACUCUCAUGCCAUUAUUAAUCAUCAGGACCUCAAACCGCGAGCUUUGGACACUGGGACUCCCCAUGCUCUGGUUGCAAAAUUUCAUGCACAACUUUAUCUGCGCAUUGACUUUGGCUCACAUGUUGACCAUGGCAGUGGACAGAUACCUGGCAGUGUGUCAUCCGUUAAGCUACCGGCUCCUGACGUCACGUCAUGCCUCCGUCAUUGUGGCGCUGUCAUGGGGUGUCCCUGGAAUCAUAGACUCAAUUUAUUCCAUUGUUAAUUAUUCCAAUGCACGUAAGGACAUUGAAGAGAUCUGUCUGUACACGGACUCUACAGGUAUUUUCAUCUUCAUCUUCGUCGUCAUGUUUCUUCUCCCUAUCUUUCUCAUCACAUUUUUAUAUGUUCGCAUUCUGCUUGAAGUCCGAAACUUUCAUAAGCGAACCUUGAACUAUAAAGCCUCUGAUGAGCCAACAAUAACUAAUCAUGCCAUCGACAACAGCCUCAGUAGAGUUUCAACAGGGACAAUUAUCAGUGAAACACAACCAAACAGUGUUGUUGAUUCUGUUCUACCCGGAACAGAAACUUGUUUAUCAUCUGUAGGAGAUCCAGUAACCGAAAGACAUGGUUUUACAACAAGACAACGUGAAAAUCAGUCGUCAAAUAUAGACUUGAAAAAGGCGAUAUCUGAAGUUGUCUACCGCGUUAAGGAGGUGUCUAUUCACGAUGAUCUUUAA